AUGGGAGCAACAGAGAAAUUAUAUAAACUUCCAAAUAUAUGCAGCAUCUAUACUGCAGAACAAGUGGCCAUUUUGAAAGCCUUGCAUCAUAUUCGAGACCUACCAUCAAACAAAUUUUUAAUUUGCUCCGACUCACAGAGUGUAAUUAAAAGCCUCAACACCAACACCAACAACGAAAUCCAAGAAUACACUAAAACAUUAACACGCAAAUUGAUUGAUACUGGGCAUAAUAUCUGUUUCUUAUGGAUCCCAGGUCACAUAGGCAUAUUACAAAACGAAUUAGUCGAUAAAUUAGCAAAUAAAGCCCGUAUUGAUGGAGAACCUAUACAUAGAGCUGCGACCAUAGAUAACAUAAAUAAUGUCAAAGAUAUACUUCGAGCAAAAUGGCAAAACAAAUGGCAGCGUAGUACAGAUAAACUGAAACCAAUAAAAUCAACAAUUACCGAAUGGCAUACAUCAACUAGAGCAUCAAGAAGAGAAGAAGUGGUUCUGGCUAGAUUACGAACAGGCCACACAAAUCUCACACACAACUACCUUCUUAAGAAACAAGAACCUCCCAUAUGUGACAAGUGUGCAAUAUUUACAGAAGAUCAAAAAGAUAGCAGUGCUGAAUUAGCAUUCAAAUACGCUGUAUAUAGAAUCAACAAGGAUAAGAAUCUAUUAAUGAAUACAACAUUAGUAUAUGAUAUUCAAUAUGUACCACGUGAUGAUAGUUUUCGAACAUCAAAGAAAGUAUGUAGACAGUUAGAAAAUGGUGUACAAGCGAUAUUUGGACCAUCAGAUCCAUUAUUAGGUGGUCAUAUACAAUCUAUAUGUGAAGCAUUAGAUGUACCGCAUUUAGAAGCACGUAUUGAUUUCGAACCAGCAUCAAAAGGCUUUUCAAUUAAUUUACAUCCAGGACAAGAGCAUUUAAAUCAUGCAUUCAAGGAUUUAAUGGCGUUUUUAAAUUGGACAAAAGUUGCUAUUGUUUAUGAAGAAGAUUAUGGUCUUUUCAAGUUACAAGAAUUAGUAAAAAGUCGAGCAGCAGCAAAAACUGAAAUGUAUAUUCGACAAGCUGGACCAGAUUCAUAUCGACAAGUAUUACGUGAAAUACGACAAAAAGAAAUUUAUAAACUUAUUGUCGAUACAAAUCCAAAACAUAUGCAUCAAUUUUUUAGAGCAAUCCUACAGCUUCAAAUGAAUGAUUACAGAUAUCAUUAUAUUUUUACAACUUUUGAUAUUGAAACAUUCGAUUUAGAAGAUUUCAAAUACAAUUCAGUGAAUAUAACAGCAUUUCGAUUAGUGGAUGUUGGUGACACUCGUGUAGCAGAAAUCUUACAAGAAAUGGAACAAUUUCAACCAAUUGGCAAUGCGAUACUAAAUCGUAGUGGGAUAAUACAGGCAGAACCUGCACUAAUGUUUGAUACAGUAUACGUGUUCGCAGCAGGACUUGGUGCUCUGGAUUCUGGACACAUAUUACGACCAUCAAAUCUAUCAUGUGAUUUAGAAACACCAUGGAAUGAUGGACUUAGUUUAUACAAUUAUAUUGAUUCGGCAGGCGCUAAUGGUCUUACCGGUCAUAUCGAAUUUAAUGAAGGUAAACGCGUCAAUUUCAAGUUGGAUCUAUUAAAAUUACGACGUGAAGAAAUACAAAAAGUUGGACAAUGGACACCACAAGGUGGUAUUAAUAUUACUGAACCAGCUGCUUUUUAUGAAUCAUCUGCAGCAAAUAUCACACUUGUCGUUAUGACUCGAGAGGAAAAACCAUAUGUGAUGGUACGCACUGACAAGAAUUUAACAGGAAACGCAUUAUAUGAAGGCUUCUGUAUUGAUUUAUUAAAAUGGAUUGCUGGACAAGUGGGUUUUCAGUACUCGAUCAGAUUAGUGCCUGAUAAUAAGUAUGGUGUAUAUGAUCCUGAAACAAAAGAAUGGAACGGUAUUGUACGUGAGCUUAUGGAACGUCGAGCAGAUUUAGCUGUUGCAUCAAUGACUAUAAAUUACGCUCGCGAAAGUGUAAUUGACUUUACAAAGCCAUUCAUGAAUUUGGGCAUUGGUAUUUUAUUUAAGAUACCAACAAGUCAACCAACACGGCUCUUCAGUUUUAUGAAUCCAUUGGCUGUUGAAAUUUGGCUAUACGUAUUGGCUGCAUAUAUGCUUGUCUCAUUUACAUUAUUUGUAAUGGCUCGAUUCUCUCCAUAUGAAUGGAAUAAUCCCCAUCCAUGUCAUCAAGAAUCAGACAUCGUUGAAAAUCAAUUUUCAAUAUCCAACACAUGGGUGGAAAAUGGUUUUACGUUAGGGAAUAGUUUCUGGUUUGCAAUUGGUACUUUGAUGCAACAAGGAUCAGAUUUGAACCCACAGGCGACCUCAACACGUAUUGUUGGCGGCAUUUGGUGGUUUUUUACACUUAUUAUAAUAUCAUCAUAUACAGCGAAUUUAGCGGCGUUUUUAACAGUUGAACGGAUGAUUACUCCAAUUGAAAGUGCAGCAGAUUUAGCAGAACAAACAGAAAUUUCUUAUGGAACACUGGAAAGUGGAAGCACCAUGACUUUUUUUCGGGAUUCUAAGAUUGGCAUCUAUCAGAAAAUGUGGCGAUUUAUGGAAAGUAAACGACCGCCUGUGUUUGUUGCAACAUAUGAAGAAGGUAUUAAACGUGUUUUGGAAGGCGAUUAUGCAUUUUUAAUGGAAUCAACGAUGUUAGAUUAUGCCGUACAACGUGACUGUAAUUUAACACAAAUUGGUGGUUUAUUAGAUUCAAAAGGUUACGGUAUCGCUACACCAAAGGGCAGUCCAUGGCGAGAUAAAAUAUCACUAGCAAUUCUGGAAUUACAAGAAAAAGGUGUUAUACAAAUUUUAUAUGAUAAAUGGUGGAAAAAUACAGGAGAUGUAUGUAAUCGGGAUGAUAAAAGUAAAGAAAGUAAGGCGAAUGCCUUAGGGGUAGAAAAUAUAGGAGGUGUAUUUGUUGUAUUAUUAUGUGGCUUAGCAUUAGCAAUUUUAGUAGCAAUAUUAGAAUUUUGUUGGAAUUCAAAAAAAAAUGCGCAAACAGAUCGUCAGUCAUUAUGUUCGGAAAUGGCUGAGGAGUUACGUUUUGCUGUACGAUGUCAUGGUUCACGACAACGUCCAGCAUUAAAACGUGCAUGUACACGAUGUAGUCCGGGUACAACGUACGUGCCAGCUGCAUUAGAACUGCCUCACAUAAAUGGAGCUGAUGAAUUUCAGGAUGCCAACAUACUGCCAAUGAUGGAUUUACGUAAAUCAUCAUUUAAUUAUGAUGCAUCUGAAACCUAG